AUGUCUCCUGGCGCUAUUCAGUCCGAUUCACCUACAGCGGGCAACGGCACGACCCUCAAGCCCACUGCCCGUGCUUUCCAUCCAACUGGCACUCCCGACCCUACCAAAUACCACGCUUCAUCUUCGAAUGAGGCCAUCAAUGCCGAAGCCGAGUUCGCUGCUCACAACUACCACCCGCUACCAAUUGUCUUCUCACGAGCAAGCGGCAGCUCCGUCUGGGACCCCGAAGGCAAGCACUAUCUCGACUUCCUCUCCGCCUACAGCGCUGUGAACCAGGGACAUUGCCACCCCGAGCUUGUCAAGGCCCUAGUAGAACAGGCCUCGCGAUUGACGCUCAGCAGCCGUGCUUUUUACAAUGACGUCUUUCCCCGGUUCGCUGAAUACGCCACCAAGCUGUUCGGCUUCGACAUGAUUCUGCCCAUGAACACUGGCGCUGAAGCUGUCGAAACCGCAGUCAAGGUUGCGCGCAAGUGGGGUUACAAGGUCAAGGGAAUACCGCAAGAUGAAGCGUUGGUGUUUGCCGUGGAAGAGAAUUUCCACGGACGGACGUUUGCCGCCAUCACCAUGUCGAGUGAUCCCGAAUCCCGAGACAACUACGGCCCGUACCUACCUAACAUCGGCAGCAUCAACCCCAAGACCAAGAAGCCAAUUAGAUAUAACAACGUUGAAGACGUUCGAGAUGUAUUGGAAACAUACGGAAAGACAACGGCUGCGUUCCUGGUCGAGCCCAUCCAGGGUGAAGCUGGCAUUGUAGUGCCAGAUGACAGCUAUCUCAAAGAGGUCAAGGAACUUUGCGUCAAGCACAACGUCUUGCUCAUCGUCGACGAAAUUCAGACCGGCAUUGCGCGAACAGGAAAGCUUCUGUGCCAUGAAUGGAGCGGCAUCAAACCAGAUCUGGUACUCCUAGGCAAGGCCAUCUCGGGUGGCAUGUAUCCUGUAUCAGCAGUGUUAGGUUCCAAAGAAGUCAUGCUUACAGUCGAGCCUGGUACACACGGCUCCACUUACGGCGGUAAUCCAUUGGGGUCUGCUGUUGCCAUCCGUGCUUUGGAAGUGAUUCAAGAGGAGAAUCUGACUGAGCGCGCCGAAAAGCUUGGUCACCGCUUCCGGGACGGCCUGGCCAACCUCAAGAGCCCCAUGAUCAAGCUCAUCCGAGGUAAAGGACUGUUGAACGCCAUCGUCAUCGAUGAAAGCAAGACCAACGGCCACAGUGCAUGGGAUCUGUGUAUGCUCUUCAAAGAGAAGGGAUUGUUGGUAGGAAGAGCCCUCAAGAUUAUGCACGUACAAGACAGACAAGAAACUAAUAUCGAUGGACAGGCGAAACCCACUCACCAGAACAUCAUUCGUCUGGCACCGCCACUGGUCAUCACAGAGGAAGAGAUUGAUUCUGCGCUCAAGAUCAUCCAGGAGGCCAUGGAAGAACUACCCAACCUCAAGGGUAAGAGGGAGGAGGAGGUGAUACCCCCAGGCGAGAAGAACGUUCACAUCGGUGUUGACAAUUAA